AUGACACAACCUGUCAACCUCACCGAUGGUACGAAGGAGAUCGCAGGCGAGUGGUUCAUCAAGAACGUGAAAGGGGGAGUGCAGCUGAAGAUGGAAGGUGACGAGGUGCGUUCCGUCCAAUCCUGCUUCGGCGGCCAGCCGGUGGUUGGGAAAGUGCGGAAGGGCUCCCAUUUCGAGAUGGACGUCCAGAUGGGUGGCUUCCCCAUGAUCGCAAGAAUGACUUGCCGGACGGACCAGCAGAAGUACCUGGAGUUCUCCAACGGUGGCCUUUGGUCUAAGAACCAGCCGGCUUUCGAGCCCUUGCCCGCGCAAGCCGGGGUCAACGGCCACGUCAACGGCCAUGUCAACGGCCACGUCAACGGUGGGAAAGAUGGUGUGCUUGGCAUCCCCAUGAGUGAGGUGAAGAAGCACAAUACCAAGGACUCUGCGUGGGUUGUCCUCCACGGCUACAUCUACGACCUCACGAAGUUCCUUGAGGACCACCCUGGAGGUGACCAAGUGGUUCUGGAUUGGGCCGGCAAGGACGCAACGAAGUUUUGGUCUGCCAUCCACAAGAAGGAUUGGAUUAAAGAGUACACAAAGCCGGAGUGGUGCCUUGGGCCAGUUGGCAAGGAGGCGCCCAACGAAGAACUCAAGAAGGCCCAGGACGAGAUCAAGCUUCUGAAAGCAGAGCUGGAGCGCCUCACCGCUUUGCCAACAAAGCCCUCUGCCGGCCUGGUGGCUGCGUUGGACGCCGCAGGCGCUUGCAAGCCAGCCCCUGCGCUGAGCGCGGAUGCGCCAACACACGUGUCCUCCGAAUGCCCCUCGGUGGAGCUCAAAGGCAGGCGAGUGCUGGUGGUCGGCCAUGGGCCGGUCGGACACGACUUUGACCCCAAGGGCAACUCCGACUGCUCAUCUUCCUGUGAGUUGCCCAAGGACUUGCAGUGGUAA